CCAUUGGCCGCGGCGGGGAAGCGAGGGAGGCGGCCCAGCGGCUAGCUGGCUUCCUCUUGGCCACUCGCGGGGGUGAGGGGAAGCCGUAGGAACCCGGGAGGAAGCGGAGGAGCGAGCGGGAGGCGGCGGUGGCUCCUGUCGGCCUCCGGCAAAACUGACCGCAGGGAGGCCGGAAAGCGGGCGCGAGCGGCGGAGAGGCGGGCUGGAGGCCGGAGCUUAUUUAAUGAAAAGUGCCAUAGACUGAAAAACCAAACAUGAGGGUAGCAGGUGCUGCAAAGUUGGUGGUAGCUGUGGCAGUAUUUUUACUGACAUUCUAUGUUAUUUCUCAAGUAUUUGAAAUAAAAAUGGAUGCAAGUUUAGGAAAUCUAUUUGCAAGGUCAGCAUUGGACGCAGUUGCACGUUCUACAAAACCUCCCAGAUAUAAAUGUGGGAUCUCAAAAGCUUGCCCUGAGAAGCAUUUUGCUUUUAAAAUGGCAAGUGGAGCAGCUAAUGUGGUAGGACCCAAAAUCUGCCUGGAAGACAACAUUUUAAUGAGUGGUGUUAAGAAUAAUGUUGGAAGAGGGAUCAAUGUUGCCUUGGUAAAUGGAAAAACAGGAGAUCUAAUAGACACCAGAUAUUUUGACAUGUGGGGAGGAAAUGUGGCCCCAUUUAUUGAGUUUCUGAAGGCCAUACAAGAUGGAACAAUAGUCUUAAUGGGAACAUAUGAUGAUGGAGCAACCAAACUCAAUGAUGAGGCCCGGCAGCUCAUUGCUGAACUGGGGAGUACAUCUAUUACUCAUCUUGGUUUUAGAGACAACUGGGUCUUCUGUGGUGGAAAAGGCAUUAAGACAAAAAGCCCUUUUGAACAGCACAUAAAGAACAAUAAGGACACAAACAAAUAUGAAGGAUGGCCUGAAGUUGUAGAAAUGGAAGGAUGCAUCCCCCAGAAGCAAGACUGAUGUGGAGAAAAUUGAAGGGAGCAUACUUUCACUUGCUAAUGGGAAAGCCCUAACCGAAAAACUACAUGUAAAUAUUUUAAGAGCAUGCAGCCAUCUCGGUGUGUGCAUGACCAUUAUCUCUUUUGAUAUCAGGAUUAUUUAUUGCUAACGUAAAUAGACAUCUUUGUAAAUAGUCAUCAUAAUGAGCAAAUCACUGAACCAUUUCUAAGCACAUCUCCCUAAUGGUACAAUGUUCAGACUGCGAUGAUAAUGGCAUCUUUUAAUUCUAAAAGCAUUACACAAUGGACAACUGAACAGAUUUGAAAAAUGUAUUGAUAUAUAUACUAGUCGCUGUGAAAAAUCUGUCAUGGAAUAAUAUGGGUUUUAGGGAGGAGACUUUGUUUUCUUUUAUAUAUAUAUAUGGCCUUUUGAUGAUAAUAUCUUUUAAAUUAAAAAGAUAUUGGGCUAGUUGUGUGUGUAAUGUUACUUUACAGUCUGACUCCCCUGUUGUAUUUCUUUUCUUAGUCUUUCUCUUUCCGUCCCAAGAAACCUAGAAAUAAAAUAUGAAAACUUGUAUCAAA